UUUGCUCAGACCACCAAAUGCUUAAACUCUUUUGGCUUCUUCUUCUUCUUUCUUCUCAUAUUCUCUGGACCCGGAAGAGGAUUCAUGAAUCCAUCACGUCUCUGUAACUAAGCUCCUGUUUCUCGUUUUCUCUGUUCCAGAAGCUUCUAGAAGCAUCAAUGGCGGAGUUCGUCUGUUUAUUCGGCAAGGACAGUGCAUCGAUUGUUAUAAAGCCACCAAAGAAGUCACCUUUGUUCUUGAGGAUGAUAGUUUUGGUGUUUGCUAUGGUUUGUGGUCUCUACAUCUGCUCCGUUUGCUUAAAACAGUUUGGUAAUGUCAAUCUCCAAAGCUCCCAACUUGUUCCAAAUCCUAUUGAUUCUCGUUCAUUACACGUUGUUACUCGGAUUCAUUACCCAAAGCCACAGACUUUUAAUAGAGCUGAAUGUGGGCACAAUCCGGUGAGGUUCUUUGCGAUAUUGUCGAUGCAGAGAUCUGGAAGUGGUUGGUUCGAAACAUUGUUGAAUAGUCAUAACAAUGUGAGUUCUAACGGAGAGAUCUUCUCGGUUUUGGAUCGAAGAAGAAACAUUUCUUCAAUCAUUCAGACUCUCGAUAGAGUUUAUAAUCUUGAUUGGCUUACGAGCGCUUCAAAGAACGAAUGCUCUGCUGCAAUUGGAUUCAAAUGGAUGUUUAAUCAGGGUUUGUUGGAUAAUCAUGAAGCAAUAGUAGAUUACUUUAACCGGAGAGGUGUCUCGGCUAUAUUUCUAUUCAGAAAGAACCCUCUAAGAAGAAUGGUCUCUGUGUUGGCAAAUUCUUAUGACCGUUAUGCUAAGUUAUUGAAUGGAACUCACAAGUCUCAUGUUCAUUCUCCUGAAGAGGCAGAUGCACUUUCUAGGUAUAAGCCGGUGAUCAACUCAACAUCGUUGAUCCAUGAUUUACAAGAAACAGAGAAUUUAGCUGCAAAGGCUUUAGAAUAUUUCAAUACCACCCGUCAUAUGGUUGUCUUCUAUGAAGAUCUUAUUACAAAUCGAACGAAAUUGAAACAAGUUCAAGAGUUUUUGAACAUUCCUGUGAAGGAUUUGUCAAGCAGACAGGUGAAAAUACACAGAGGGGAUUUGUCAGAUCACAUCAAGAACUGGGAAGAUAUAAACAAGACGUUGAAUGGGACCGAGUACGAGAAAUUUCUACGAGCAGAUUAUUAGUGUUUUUAGCCAUAUAAAGAGACUUUCUUCUACACUCAGCUAAAGAGUUUGCAAAAUGCAAAAGGGUCUUCUUGUUUGAAGCUUUUCUACUUUCUAGGUUCUUCUGCUCAACUACUUGUUGAUCUUUCGUUUCUCCUCUUUUUUUGUUUUUUGUUUUUCUCUUAUCCUCUUAGAACAAAAAUGAUUUGGUUGUAUAGGGGACUGGAAAAUGUAGUUGCUUUUAGAGAUCAAGUGCUUACUUUUAGAGAUCAAUAAAGUUGU